AUGGCGGACGUAGUCACCCCAAAGUCGCCGUCAGGGCACAAACGAGUUUUGAAGAAUAAGUCUGUUUCUCCCAUCUUCUGCUCGUUAUCGCCAACACCAAAUGAUUACACCCCUCCGAAGAAACAACAUCUCCCGAAAGUGGUGGAAGGGUUUUUUGGAACCGUGCUUACUGAUCGGCUGGGUCGUGCGCGACCAGGUGCUCGUUGUGAAAGUGAGGGGAAACAGACGAAGGCCUGGCCUCCUGUUCGGGACAAAAAGGGUAAAGAGAAAUUGAUAGUUCCAGAACCGACUGCAUUAGCUUCUUCAGCAGCCGAGGAACGUCAUCCCGUCAACGGCUUCGAGUCUCAGACACUGCGACCGGCUGUAGUGCCUCCGAAGCGCGAGCCAGAAUCUCAGCGACCUCCGGCUCCUCUUCCACCAGAUCGUCUGGAACCUGAACACCACCCCUUCAGUCAAAUCCCACUUCUUCCCCCUCCUCCUCAUCCUCCACCUGAGUCUCCUCUGAAGCAUCGCUCGACAAAUGGAGUGGGCCACAUCAUUAAGAGUUUGUGGGACAGAAAACGAGACAACGAUACAGGCCCAGCACCAUCUAUGGUCCAACCUGCGUCCAAGCCUUCAAAACUAACUACCGCUGCCCCGGUUGUUGUACCUUCUUCCCAACCAACGAGCAAGGAAAAUGUACUAUUAUCAAGCGCACCGUCGUUAGCUCAAAUUUCCACUGGAUCUGCUUCGAGUACAAUAACUACCGCCCGGCAAUUGCGGGUUCCAUCAAAGGAAGAGUACGCCCCCACUGCAGAUGCUAACUCAAUUGUUCCACAACAAGAAAAUAUUUCUGCUCCAGCCCCUCGCAGAUCAACCAUGCAACCCCUUUUCACACCAAAUUCACCGUUCCUAACUUUUAAUACAGACAAGGGCAAAGGGAAAGAGAAGCAGCGUGAUGUCGAGCCUUCGGUUACACAUGGCCAACGCCUGCUCAAUCGUACUCAAAAGCGACACCGGAGAAAGACAGUUGGUGGUUAUGACCUGCCACGCGUGGUCCUUCGCACUCUAUCUGCGCAGACGAGAUUUGGAUUGAAUCUUGCAGUCCAGAACAAAACCGGAUCACGGGCGUUUCUCGCCGAUCAUGGGAGUCGGGGACAUAGAUGGAUCACUGCGGCCGGUUACCAGUCUACAAGCCUAACUUAAGGCGCUGUUCGGGUGCGAACCAGCUGAACCUUUGUUUUGAAAAAAAAAAACCUCGUAACGGAGAAGUAUUACAUUAAUGGAAUUGGAGCGGUAGAAGGAGGAAAAAGAACGCACGGAGAUGCGUACGAUAAGCGUCUGGAUUGGCUGUGCGUGGAGUAAAGCCAACACGAUUCCACGAAGCACACCAUUACUGCGUGAUGGGCGCCAGUGGGAGCAGCACCAGCGGCUACCUUGCACCAAUAAAAUAAUGUGUGAGGGAAUUCCUAAGUAGUUCCUCAGGAUCAUCUGAGUCAUGCGUCCUUUACAGCAACGAUUUAUUUUGUAUCCAAUUGCCUAUGUCUCAAACAUAAAUUAAUUGCAUCUACACCAUGUCAGUAUUCGA